CUGCACUGCAUCGCGCAGUCAAAAACUGAAAAGUGCAGCCAGGAGCAGUCCAGCGCAGCGCAAGAGAAAGAAAGUGGCUUUUAAAAGUGAUUUUUGAACCGUUUUUGCUUGAUUUAAAGUCCAUUUUUGUUAAAGUGACAAUGUACGCUGCCGCCUAGUGGUUGGCGUGGUGUAUAUAAGCUCGGAAUCCAUCCGAAAAAGUGCUCUUUUUGUGUUCGUUGCAAACUGUGCAUCGCUGAUUGAUUGCGGGAGGAGACGUCGCCAGUCGUCGAUUGUCACAAAAUGACGAGCAUGGAGCACGAAGCGAUUAAAUUCGCUGCCCCGACGACCUCGCAGGAUCUGGACCUGGAGGAGGGUGAGGUGACGGACGACAGUGAGGAUGGUGGGUAUAUUCCAUUGCAACGUCCGGAAGUGGCCAAGACGGAGUUCGCCGGUGGUGCCAGUGUCAGCCAGCCGCGGACAGUUCCACUGGACAACCUGUCGGAUCAGGACCUUAACGAUGAGUCGGAAGCCAGUUCGGAUGAUGACAGUGAUGAGGACGGGGCCAGCUUCGGGAAACGGAUGAGGGGAAACAACGACAAGAAGCUGCGGAUAAAGCCUCCGCUGGAGAAAAUUCCCCAGCCGCAGACGAGCCACUCGGCUCUUCCCAAUAAGUAUAACAUCUGGACGGAAAGUCUCCAGGAGGACACCCUGAUGGAAACGAUGCGAGGAUGUGAUGUGACCCUGAACGGGAUGAGGAACCGGGAUGUCGAAUCGUAUGAUUACAAUUUGAAAUACAGGCUCAACGGUGGGAAUGCUUUUCAGCGGGUUUUGAAACGAAGACAGUCCAACUCGGAUGAUUCCGAUGGCUACGGAGGUGGAAAGCGGUUCCGAUCGAUGUCCUUCGGGGGCAGCGGGACAAGGGGAGAGCGGAAGAACGUAAAGCUGAGGCUCGGCAAACGGAACAGUAGCGAUAGCAACAGCAACGAUAGCUUCCAGAAUCCGCCAAGAUUUGCUUCCAGGCACAUCCUAGAUCUGAACGUGUCGGCCGAUUGCCCAAACGAAACGUUCGCAGCCGAACUGGCCAACAAACUGUGCGAGGAAAAGGACGAACUGAUGUUACGUGUAGUAAAUGUUCUAGGAAAGGAGAUCCCCACAAAGCUUUUUAAAGAAACGCAAAAAAUCGAAGCCGAUGGUGGAAUGUUAAUCAUGAACGGAGCCCGCCGCCGGACGCCGGGUGGCGUUUUCCUGUUCCUGCUCAAGCACAACGAAGAAAUCGACAAGGACGACAAGAAGGCCAUCUUCCUCGAGGAGCGGAAGACCGCAGUCAAGGAGCGCAAAAACUCCCAAGCCGUCAACCGCGAGAAGAAGGUCGAAGAACUGAAGAAGACCCUCAACCGGCAGGUGGCGGAGAACGAACUGCCAACCCGGAGCGAUUUGCUGCUCUCACAUCUCAAGCCCGAAACUCACAGCACACUGUCAAAUCCACCGCCAUCUCCUGUGGGAGAUGACCAUCGCGAAGGAAGUCCCGAUUUUGAACCACAAAAUGUUCACGUCAAUGUCACCAGUCCAGAGAAAGCUCUCGUGGACCCGAAAGACCUCAUCGAAGUGGAACCGGAAAGUUCGGCCCCACGACCACUGCAGCCUCCGGGGCCCCCGCAGCUGCAGAGCUACGACGACGACUAUCUGGAAAUGACGUGCGACGAUAUGGAUUUGUUCUAGCGCCCCACCACACCCGGAUGGACGAAGUUUACCGAUGCUGGAACGUUGCAACUUUAGGAACUGGGAUGUGUCACUGGUAGCGAUGUAGCGAAUUACAUUGGCGUUGGCGCAAAACGACCGUGUGAGUGGAUUAUUUUGCGGGGAUGAGUGUUUGAAUAGCGAGAAACUGCGAGAGUCAGCAGCGAGUGUGCGUGGUUUGGGCAUUUUGAAGAAAGCCCUCACAUUACCUAACAUAAGAAUUACUACAAUGUUUAAUACAGUGGACACAAUGUGUAGCUUGCAGGAAAUAUAUUUAAUUUUCUAAAACUUA